AUGAUACUGUACCAACCUUAACCCACAAUACUGUACCCGGGUACCACACCGCAACAAAAAACGGGAGUUUGCCAUGGCUGUCACGACAGGAACUUUGCCAGCGUUCAGCGAUCCCAGCUCAUCGACAAACUCCCUGAGCACUCCGGCUCAGCUGGAGACGGAUGACAGCUUAUCCCCGCCCUCGCUGGCCGGGGAGUCGUGCGGGAUGUCUUCAUGCGGCUCGGAUAUGGGCGAGGAAGCAUGCAAAGGGAUGAACUGCGAAAUCCCUGUUCUGAGAAGAUCAGAACCGAGCAUAAUCGGUGCGAAGGCAUUCCCGGAGGACGAGAAUGCUAGUGUUACCACCCAGCCAACAAUCACGACUACCGGUACUCCUGACCCUACUUCCGCCCCUGCGACUGCGGAUGAGGCGCCGGCGCCGGCCACACCUUCCCACCCACCGUCCUUGUCGUUUCGUCUGGAGGCUCCGGAACCCACAUACCCACAACUAUUGAAUAAUCCUCCUGCGAGCCCCAUCACCAACCAACCACAUCGCAUAUCGGAUGACAAGGACGAGGAGUCCUCCGUGCCAAAAUCUUUCGAUCGCUCAGACUUCAAGCACUGUCACAGAGACCACAAGGAGUUUUUGCACGACGACGAGAAGGAUUUCGAGGGCGUGAGGCGGAUGCACAAGUUUACGCUCUAUGAGACUGCUACUCGGUUCUAUAUUGUUGGAUCGGAUCUUUUGGACUCCAGAUUUAGGAUCCUGAAGAUUGAUAGGACGGCUGAGAGUGGGGAUUUGAGCAUCACGGAGGAUGAGGUUGUAUACACUCGAGAGGAGACAGCGAGGCUGUUGGCGACUAUUGAGGAUGGGAAUAUUUCUACCGGGGGGUUGAAACAGAAGUGCCCGUUUUGGGGAUUACUGGGGUUUAUUAGGUUUACUGGGGCGUAUUACAUGCUUCUUAUCACGAAAAGAAGCAUUGUCGCUAUGAUUGGAGGGCACUAUGUGUAUCAGGUUCGGUGAUGUUUCUCCGGUUGUUCGUCUAGUGCUAACUGUUACUUACCGCUUUUAAAGAUCGACAACACCGAGCUGGUCCCGUUAACAGCCGGGACAGCACCGAAGAGACCAGAGAGAAAUUCACAGGAAGCGCGCUUCGUUAGUAUUCUCGGAAAUUUGGAUCUCACGAGAUCGUUCUAUUUCAGCUAUUCCUACGAUAUCACUCGGACACUCCAGCAUAAUAUCAUUCGUCAACGAGAGGCUUUGGGUAAAGGUCUCGCGAAGCCCGAUAAUCAUGACUACAAUGACAUGUUCGCUUGGAACCAUUACUUGCUAGAGCCGGCAAAAUCACAUAUGAGAAAUGCGUAUGAUUGGUGCAUGCCGAUUGUUCAUGGCUAUGUUGACCAAGCUGGUAAGAGUAAUCUGAGCCGAUAGAGGAAAAACGGCUAAAUUACGAAAUAGCUAUUUCCGUCUACGGGAGAGUGAUUUAUAUCACUGUUAUUGCUCGACGUUCUCGCUACUUUGCAGGUGCAAGGUUUUUAAAGCGUGGUGCCAAUGACCUGGUAUACCACUUUGCGGAACGAGCGCUAGCUUAUCGCUCUAACAUUUUACUCUAGGGAUACGUUGCGAAUGAUGUUGAAACAGAGCAGAUUGUUUCCGAAAUGCUCACUACCUCAUUCCACGCGCCCACGAAGAAUCUUUACUCCAAUCCUAACUAUACAUCCUACGUACAACACCGCGGUAGUAUCCCACUCUUCUGGACACAGAAGAAUGAUGCGGCCACUCCCAAGCCACCUGUUGAGAGUUUGUGCCCUUGCUACUAUUCCCCCCCCCCUCUUCUGUUUCUGCGUAAUAGGAGCUGAUGAUGUGCUUGUAGUAAAUCUUGUGGACCCGUUCUUUAGUGCUGCCGCCUUGCACUUUGAUGAUUUAUUCCAGAGAUACGGCGCACCUGUGAUUGUUCUAAAUCUCGUAAAGGUUUGGUUACCGACCUGCUCUGGUGCAACCCGAUUGCUAAUGGGUUAUUAGUCUCGAGAACGAACACCGAGGGAGUCAUUGUUGUUAAAGGAGUUUACUCAAGCCAUCAACUAUCUGAACCAGUUCCUUCCAACUGAGAAGAGUAUCCGAUAUAUAGCUUGGGAUAUGUCUCGUGCGUCUAAGAGGUACGCCACCCGGCAAACAAACAGUCUAAGUUGUUUCUAAUCAUGAUGUUCAGCCGUGAUCAAGAUGUGAUAGAAACUCUUGAGACAAUCGCCGAGAAUGUAUUGAACACAACAGGAUUCUUCCAUAAUGGGCUUAAAUCGGGUAACGAGAAUGAAAGUGGCUACUCACUACAGAACGGUGUCUGCCGAACGAACUGCAUCGACUGUCUUGAUCGGACAAAUGCCGCACAAUUCGUUAUCGGAAAAAGAGCGUUGGGGCAUCAACUGCACGCAUUGGGAGUAAUCUCGGGCACCAGCAUUGAAUAUGAUACCGACGCUGUGAACCUGUUCACCCACAUGUACCAUGACCAUGGAGACACAAUUGCCGUUCAGUACGCUGGUAGUCAUUUAGUCAAUACUAUGGAGACGUAUCGGAAGAUUAAUCAGUGGACGAGCCACUCGAGGGAUAUGUUGGAAAGCUUCAAGAGAUAUUACAACAAUUCAUUUUUAGGUAUUAUUUGAUUAAUGUCAUCCACACUUUCUAAUGAGGCUAGAGCUGACUAGGGUUACCAUAGAUGGACAACGGCAGGAGGCGUACAAUUUGUUCUUGGGGAAUUACAUAUUUGCUCAAGGGCAACCUAUGCUUUGGGAUUUAUCUACAGACUACUAUCUUCAUCACGUAGACCCAAGGCUUGGUAGGAGGCCUCGUCGCAGGUAAGUUAAUUAGUCUUCUGAUAUGUUGGCUUACUUGUGCCUGAUGCCUUUCUCCGGCAGCUACGUAAAAUGGUGGACUCCUAAGAACCUUGUGGAGCGAUCGAUGCCCGAGGUGCCACCACUUUCAGAUGAACUUUCAACAAGGCCAUACAGCCGGUUCAACGAUUAUUGGCUAGAAUACUAUCGUCCAAAGGCUCUAUCCUCAUUUCUCAAAGUCUUCGCCUAUAAUCUUAAUUCUACCUUAAGAUACAUCCCAGUCAAGUACUUUAGUUUCACAAGUGCUCCUAUUCGGGUGCCUGCUGACCGCCGUCUAGGAUGACACAAACUGGCCGAUACGACCUCAGCCCGUUCACCGUUAGGUCAAAUCACGUCGACCACCACAGCCAGCACCAAGCCGAGAGUGCAGAGAAGAAGGCUAAGGCCGAACGGGACUCUGAAACCGCUGAAGGCCGCCUCAAAAAGAUCACAGCCCUCCACGGUAUGGUUCCACCACAAAACGGCAUCGCGCCUCCGCCAGCGCCCCCAGCACCUCCCCGGAAAUCUUCCAGCCUCUCGGCCUAUCACCUGCCUGAACUAAGCCGUGGCCUCAGCAGCCCGACAAAGCAGCAUUUCUCACUCGGAAAGGAUGUGAUGCAAAUCGAACGACGUGACAUGAAUCAGGCAAUAGAGCGAAGCCUCAAUCCAGUUCUCGGCGAGGAGGAAGCGGAAGAGUACAAGCGGUACAUGUCUCAUCCGCUAAACCUCCCCCUCGUCGUUACGUCGGAGCUCCCGGAGGACGCGGAUCCGGACUUUGUUUACUUUGACUACGUGAGUAAUACCUCGCCCGAGGCCGCGGCCGGGAUGACGGCGAAGGCAGAGGAUGUGGCGCUGUAUGGUGAAUUUGUUGAGGUCCCUGAGAACCCCCUCAGCGUUGACGAGACUGACCGGGAGAACAAGAGGUAUAUUGCCUAUCAGAGGUGGAUUACUACUGGGAAUUUUAAGCAUUUGAGGAAUUAUGUGGGAAGUAUUAGGGCUUGACAGCGUGGAUAGGGAUAGGGGCCGAAGUGCUGUUUUGUGGUUGGUGGUGUGGUAGGGCUGCUCACGAAGGGGGGAGACAGGGAGAUGUGGAUGCGAUAUCCCCCGCUUGUGGUGUGUUUCCUUAAUGUUGUUUUUGCCAUACCAUUGUUGUAGCCAUGAUAGCAAGAGGGCUAGGUUAGGUUUUAUGUGUAGUGUAUACCCUAUUAACUAAUCUUUAUCGAUGACUUGUGAAGGGGGUUUCUUGUUUGGUCGGGUCAAGGCUAUUCUGGAAAUAUUCGUUCAUUGUGAUCACUGCGCCGCAUGGGAGCUAUAUUAUGUAUCAUAUCAUACAGGUGCUCGGGCUCACUACUAGUCAUGCCUACCCUGUAUUUUGCGUAGUUCCGUGGUUCGCCUCCCGGCAGCGGUACUUCCUCAAGGGUAGCAAACCCAAUCCCCCCAGACAAGCACGGCAAAUGGAAGUUUCCUCCACCACCUUGACUUUCCCCCAAUUUCCCCGACUACACCGUACCCGUAUAAAUCCUCAAGUUAUCACAUCCCAUAGGGCAGUGGUAACUUGCUGUCAUAGUCACUCACUCUCGCCGUUAUUAAUCCGAACCCCACCACCAAUUUGCGUUAUGGUACCGUACAGUAACUUCAAUCGCCACGUCAAGAUCAACGCUGAAUUUAGCGAGCGAGUUGGUACCAGGAAGUACCGGUCGUGAUCGUGGAAGUGCGCCAACGGUCCCGAAGCACCAGUGGUACAGUAACGCUAUUGCAGUACGACAAUCUUGAAAUUUGAUGCAUUGUUUUAUCAUUCAUUAUAUAUGCUGUGCCUACUGCAAUAGUAGGGAGUAUCACAAGUAAAAAGUUGGGUUUACUUCUAAACGGGGAUUGUAGCAUUUGGAAUGUGGAUUAAGUCAGGGUAGUAGUAGUAGUAGUAGUAGUAGGGAGUAUUUUAUAUAUAUAUAUUUUUUUGGUCUUGGAUAGGAGUUGGCUGUAUAGUUAAAAAGGAGAAGUGCUGCAGGUGAUAUUUUGCGAGUAUGAAACCUAUAAGUUAAUAUCAUAACAUAACCCUUUCUUGUACUCCUACUGUACUCCAGCCACCAGCCUGAGCAAUAAGUUAGCUAAUCCCCACCG